AUGACACUCGUCGCUAAUCUUGUCUGUGUUACUCGCGAUGAAGGAACCCCCUCGACGAAUACUCCCAUGUCCCUCUCUCGAAGCCCUUCUCCAGUCCCGGCCGGCGGUUGGUCAAGCCCUGGCCUCAACAUUAAUAGCGGUCGCUCCAGUCCUGCCAGCAGCCACAGUGUCCGUCCCGUCGCCUGGGAGUCAAAGAUGCGAAACGGCCACCCGUCCUUUUCCAGCCAGCAUCAGGGUUUCUUCAGCCGCCACAUGCGCCGCAUUUCGAGCAGUCUCCCCCGAUUUACCGAAGACGAAAAGGAAAAGCUCAUGCCAUCCAAUUUCUACAUGGACAAGGUGCCCCUCGUCGGAAGGAUAAAGCUCAUCUUCGGCCGCAUGGGUCGCAAGCUAAAGCUUCGUUUGCUGAUUGCCUUGUUCCUUUUGUUUUGCAUCUGGGUCUUCUACAACUCGCCUCUUAUCUACUGGUACCGUAGAGCCGCCUGGGGCGGCGGCGGCUCCAAGUUUGUCGUUGUCCUCGCCGCCAAUGUCGGUGGCGGUGUCAUGGAGUGGAAGGGAGCUCGUGAAUGGGCCAUUGAACGAGACAGCAUACGAAACAAGCGCAAAUAUGUCGCCCGCUGGGGCUACGAUCUCGAGAUUGUGGACAUGAGCACUAAGAAGCGAUAUGCACACGAAUGGAGAGAAAGCUGGGAAAAGGUCGACUUUUUGCGCAACGCCAUGCGUAAAUACCCUGAUGCUGAGUGGUUUUGGUGGCUCGAUCUUAACACGAUUGUCAUGGAGCCCUCGUACUCGCUGCAGGACCACAUUUUCAAUAGCCUCGAUAAGAAAACGUACCGCGACAUCAACGACUACAACCCUCUUAACAUUACUCACCCCUUUACCGAGCCAUAUCUCGAGCCAGAAUCCCGCAGCCCCGUUGGCGAUGGAAACCCCAACUCUGUCAAUCUGUUGCUCUCGCAAGAUUGCUCUGGCUUCAACUUGGGCUCCUUUUUCGUUCGCCGCAGCGCCUGGACCGAGCGUCUGUUGGAUAUUUGGUGGGAUCCCGUGGCAUAUGAGCAAAAGCAUAUGGCCUGGGAGCACAAGGAGCAGGACGCCCUCGAGACCAUGUACGAGAGCCAUCCUUGGGUCCGCCAGCACACUGGCUUCCUGCCACAGCGCAUGAUUAACAGCUUUCCUCCUGCGGCUUGCGGUGACGGCACUGGUAACAACCACACCCGCUUCCACUACCACGAGAAGGAUCGCGACUUCAUGGUUAACAUGGCUGGCUGCGAAUGGGGCCGUGACUGCUGGGGUGAAAUGUACCACUAUCGCCAGUUCAGCUACUGGCUCAACCGCAACCCUUGGGAGCGUUUCAAAGAGGACUUUAUUGCCGUCAUUUGGUACCAUCUUACCGGCAAGCACGUUCGCCUAUAA